GUUUCGUGUAAACAUUCAACCCACAUUUGUCGAAAUCUCAAGAACCAAACAACAUUUACCAAAUCUAAAACAAAAAAUCAAAGGAAAAUGGCUCUGAUGAAUGGGAGCAUGAAUCUACAAUCGAUCAAGUCGUCGAUAUACAACCACCGUCAAACAAGCUUCUCCUCCGCCGUCCCAAGACACACCUCCCUCCGGAUCUCCGCCGUGCAAACCGAUCCAAAACCACCGGCUUCAUCAUCGGCGGUGUCGACGCCUGCGGCGGUGACGAAGACCGCCGGGGUUAAUGUGGGUAAAUCGAAAUGGGCACCGGAGAGCUGGAGGACGAAGAAGGCGCUUCAGCAGCCGGAGUACCCUGAUUUAGCCGAGCUCGAGGCUGUGCUCGCCACGAUCGAGGCUUUCCCUCCGAUCGUUUUCGCCGGAGAAGCUAGAUUGCUGGAGGAGCGGUUAGGCCAAGCCGCAAUGGGUGAAGCUUUCCUGUUACAAGGAGGGGAUUGCGCAGAGAGCUUCAAAGAAUUCAACGCCAACAACAUUCGUGACACCUUUAGGAUUCUUCUCCAGAUGGGUGCUGUUUUGAUGUUCGGAGGCCAAGUCCCUGUCGUCAAGGUUGGGAGAAUGGCGGGUCAAUUUGCGAAGCCGAGAUCGGAUUCGUUUGAGGAGAGAGACGGAGUGAAAUUGCCGAGUUACAGAGGAGAUAACAUCAAUGGAGAUACGUUUGAUUCGAAGUCGAGGAUUCCUGAUCCACAGAGGAUGAUCAGAGCUUAUUGUCAAUCUGCAGCUACUUUGAAUCUUCUGAGAGCUUUCGCUACUGGUGGUUACGCUGCUAUGCAGAGAGUUACUCAGUGGAAUCUUGAUUUCACAGAACGAAGUGAGCAAGGAGACAGGUACCGUGAGCUAGCGAACCGUGUGGAUGAAGCGCUCGGUUUCAUGCACGCUGCAGGACUAACGCUAGACCAUCCCAUAAUGCAAACAACCGAUUUCUGGACUUCUCACGAGUGUUUGCUCUUGCCGUAUGAACAGUCACUAACCAGGCUAGACUCGACCUCUGGUCUCUACUACGACUGUUCUGCUCAUAUGAUUUGGGUCGGCGAGCGAACCAGACAGCUCGAUGGUGCACACGUCGAGUUCUUAAGAGGUGUUGCUAAUCCUCUUGGAAUCAAGGUGAGUGAUAAGAUGGAUCCUAAGGAGCUAGCUGAAGUGAGAGCGUUCUUCGACGUGCACGAGCAAGAAGGGAGCCACCCGGGAGGUAUUCACUUAGAGAUGACCGGUCAGAACGUGACAGAGUGCAUCGGUGGUUCACGCACAGUCACGUUCGAUGACUUGGGCUCGCGUUACCACACGCACUGUGAUCCUCGCCUUAACGCCUCGCAGUCUCUCGAGCUCUCCUUCAUCAUCGCCGAACGCCUUAGAAAGAGACGUAUCAAGUCCCAACAGGCUUUUUCCGUCUAA